UUCCAAAAGGUGGAGCAUCGGAAGAAAUACUACUAGCCGCGUGGCACCUUUUUUACCGCCCCGCGACCUCGCGCAGUGGUCAGUGGUUGCACAGGAUAUCCACCAAGUCGCGAAGCCGAGGCUUGCAUGGCUGCAGAAAAUUCAGCAAAACGCGGACCCAGAAUGGACCAUGGACGAGAAGCGCCGCGGGGAGCCCUUUCCCCCGAGCCUGGAAUUUCUGAAGACCGCGAUCAAGCUCUGGACCAAUGCGGAA